CGCCACAGCAGCACUCCUCAUGUUGGCCAGCGCUCCUUCCGGCCAAUCGUCUCCUGCUCAACAAGCCACUGCAACUCGCUGAUGCGCAAGUCUGCAACAUUUCGACAAACCACACCGUCGGCCUUUAUGGAGCCGGUUUGGCCGGUUAUGUGGGAUUUCAGCAGAACAGGAAUAUCAAGGGAGAACUUGCCCAGGCCUCUGUGUUUGUGUUCCUCAAGGGAACAACUGCCCCGACUGGUUUUCUGGGGUGGGGAGGUCUCGCUGGGAGGGUGUGAGGCGUGUGUGCUCACACUCGUCGCCUGUAUCACUCAGUCCAUCUCUGCAGCGUGAGGGAGCCAGAAAAGCCAGGUCGGCCGAGCGGGGAGACCGGAGCGGCACCAGCUCCACAGACGGUGCUCAGGUCUGAAGGAAUGGAGGGAUUCCAUGAGCUUCUCCUCAAAGUUAAAGAGGCGCACGAACGUGCAGUGGAAGGAUGGCAGCUGAAAGUGCAGGAGUUGUCCAAUAAGAAGGGCUGCGACACAAAGAGGAUGGAGGAGCUGUUCACAAGGAACCAGCAGAUGAAGGAGCAGCAGAGGAUCCUGACGGAGAACAUCAAAACCCUGGAGAACAGAUUGCGUGCUGGACUGUGCGACCGCUGCACCGUCACUCAAGAGGUGGCCAAGAGACGACAGCAGGAGUUUGAAGUGUCGCAGAUCCAGAGCCUCCAGCACAUCACGCUGCUCGUGGGAGAGAUGAGCCAUUUGAAGAAGGAGAACCGCAGAUUAAGAGAGGAGAAUGGGACUUUACGAGCUGCGCUGAAAGGAAACGGUGACCUCCACACGGACAUUAAACCUGGUAGCUCUCCUGACCUUUCGCCCUCUGCUGGACCCACCGCCACAGUUACCAGCAGGGUCAUAGAGCCACCAACAGAGGGCGAUGUUGUAGUGAAAAAGGAGCCCUACCACAGAAACGAUGAUGCUGAUCAGAGACGGAUACAGAGCUCCAUGUUUGGCGUCCCUCUCUCGACACUAAUGCCAUCGCCAUGGACGACCGAAAAAGGUCCAUCAUGCGCUGGGGACAGGCGACAGCCUGUCGAAGCCAAGGACCCGCGAACCUCCUCUCAAACUACACCCAAAAACUUUUCCCCUUCAAGCAGCGCUGAGGUGAAGCACAUCCCCUGUCGUCCUCAGCCGAUCAAAAGCAUCCCUCCUGCCCUUCCGUGGAACCUCCCGGACACCUCAGACUGGGUCUCUGUCGGUGCGCUGAAACCACCGCGCUUUCCAAACCUGAUUCCGACCGGUCAAUACAGUGGCUAUUCCGGUGCCCAUAGACCCGGCUUUGGGCCCUCCUGGCACAAGCCGUCGAGCCCUCAUUCCCCAGCUAAAGAGCCAACCAUCGUGUUCCGGGUGAGGAGCCCGUCUGACCAAGGAGGCGGCCUCUCCAAUCCCAAGGAGAAGCGAGACAUCCAGCCGUCCAAGGUGGAGGUUCGACCAGGCGAGGCGUCUAAAGAACACUGCGACGGCCCGCUGGACCUGUCUGACCGAGGGAAGACCAAAUCCAGCCAGAGUGACUCCCCCUCAAGUUCUAACAGUGGAGAGCGGAGAACAAGUGAGAUGGACCUGGAGGCGAGUCCACUGUCAUCUCCGUCCAAGGCUGCGCCUCCCAAACAGGAAGAGUUUGCUCCUGAGCCACUCGGCCAGGCAGAGCAGAGGGAGGAGAGCGGCGCAGAGCAGGGCACUGACAAGGUCUCCGUGCUCACCUUAUCGCUGCGUCCUGUGGUUGUGUUGGAGUCUCUGAAGCCCACCCUGCAGAAGCAAGAGUCCUCCACCACCAACGGACAGUCGUCUUCAGCGGCGUCUGGGUUGGAGAGCAGCUCAGAAGAGGGAGACGAGGAGGAGGGUCGAGAGACAGCGUCCGGGCCGGAGAGCAACCAGAGCUACAAACGCAAGAGGACCUCUGACCUGAAUGGUCAUCAAGAGAGGAAAGUGAAGAUCACCCUGCGAGCAGAAGACCAGAGCUACAGCUGAGCCAGACUCCGUGGUGCUGUUGUAUUUUUGACACGUCACCCACCCCCCUGAGGUACAACCUGGACGUUUGAUCAGCUCUGGUGGGGCACACCACCUGUGCCUGUGGCUAUUACCCAUGGUUCUCACCAGCCCCAUGGCAGGAGGUGAUCCACAUGCACCGAGCAGGGAUGGGUCUUUCCCACGUGUCAUCGAUCAGAUCCGUGUUGCCAAGUGUCGGACAUGCGAGUCUACAUUAGCCACAACACCUGAGGAUUACUGCGACCCUCCAGUCACUCUUCUAACUCUUUUAAGAAUUUAAAAUUAAACGUUCUUUUGACUGAUUUAUAAAUUGAAAUGUGGCACUUCGGCAUCCCAAGAUUUCAGUUGCAACUGUCUGCAUUUGUUUUAUAAAGUGAAAAUAUAGAGGAGCUCACUGUCUCUCACUGUCUAGAACUCUAAUCCAGAUGUGGGGAAAGUAUGACCCGUGAGGUCGGGGCAAAACUGCAGCACAAAAAGUACUUUUAUCGUGUCAAUUUCGGAUUGAAUUCCAAAUGUUACUCUUUAGUAAAAAAGUAGGUGUUUGAAAAUAAAGACCUUGAAAUAAUGAAGUAUAUGUUUGUCCGUUU